AACAGCUGGACGUUUUAGGAAGGAGAGCGAAACGCGAUAUGGCGGCGGGGGCUAAAAAUAGGAAUGCAUUUGUUUUGCCGAGCGGUAUCGCAGAAUCCUGCAGGGGCAAAGAGGGAAAAUAGCGAGAGCGAGUUUCGCUGAUCGCAGAGCGGCGGCAGGCUGCUGAGGGAGGCCUCGUGCGUCGCGUGUUAGUCGCGUGCGUCGCUAGCGGUUUUCAGGGGCGGCGCGCGCGGGUAUCGAUCGCGCAGAGGGUCGUCGCGCACGCCGUGCCGCGCCGCGCCGCCCGUUGCCUGGUUACCGGCUGUGGAGCGUGGGGGAGGCGAGGCCGACGGGGUGAGACGCUCCGCACCGUCCGCCCGGGCGCGUGCACGGCCGUCGGCGUUCAACAAUGGGCAUGCUUUAAUUUCUUAACGGUCUCGUUCAAACGCACUUCAUUCUUCUCAACUAUUUUUUUCUUAAAACGUUCUCUGAUUUGCCCUUAAUAUGGCUAUAGGGAACGAUAAUGUUUCCCAUAUAGUUCUAGAAUGUGUACAAUGCAAACAAAAUUUCACUGAAUUGAAGGAUAGUGAUUUACAUGUGAAGGAAACACAUCACAGAAUAAACGCACGUUUUCAAUGCCCGAAAUGUGAAAAAUAUUUUGGUAAUUACCAGAUUAUGCAGCUACAUUUACGAGUUCAUGAUUCAGAUGUUCAAAAAAGUGAUAUUUGUCCAACAUCUGAAAUAAACAUGUCCGAACAAUUGUCAAAAUCUAAUGAAGUAAAUGAAAAAGCGUGUUCCGAAGAAAUAAUAAAAACCCCAAACUUAGAUUACAGAAAACCUAACUGUUCACAAGCUAAGAAGACUGUUGGUUUAACAAAAAUUCGACUUGAAGAUUGCUUACGAUGUGAUGCAUGUUCGUGUAUAUACAUAGAUGAAAGUGAUUACAAGAAACAUAUGAAAAAUUUCCAUCGAACAAAUUCAAAUAGGAAACCAAAACAGAAGAAAGGUUGCAGAUCCUGUUGCAAGCAGUGCAACUGUCAGGGCAAUCAUCCAUCUCCGACGGUGCAGAAUGAAAGAGGCAACAACAAUCUAUUUCGUGUCAAUAUAAAGGAUCGUUGGACAAAAAUGGUAUCAUGUCGUUUGAACAAUCAAGAAUCCAAAUGUGAUGAAUCAGCAAUUAAAACAGAAAUCAAACCAGACCCUGAUACUGUGUCUGGAAUGCCUUCCUUAAUAGAUUACAGUGAUCUCCUCAGUCAAGUGGAAGUCAAAAUUAAAACUGAACCAGUUGAUGAUAUUGAAGAUUCAGGAUUUUAUGAAUGAUUAAUUUUUUAGUUUGUGGAAAAGGAACUUUCACGUUUAUUAUCAUAACAUAGACAUCAUUUUUAUAACUAUGUGCAAUUAUGUAAAAACAAUUCAAGUAUUAUUUAUUAUUAUAGAGAAUUUCUGUGUCAUUAAUUAGACAUUAACUAUUAUGGUGAAAAAUAUUCCUGUUAUAUUAGCAUAAAAGUGUAUGUAUUCCAUUAGAAGUCAUUUGUGUAAUGAUAGUUUUCUGAUGAAAGCAGCCAUGGAAUUAGCAGGUUCAUAUUCACAUUCUAAUACAUUCAGAGCAUUUUUGAAACAAUACAUGGGAAAAAAUUGAAUAAGAACCUUAUCUUCUCUGAAUAUUAUUUUUGACCUCUUUUUAUGUAGUAAAUUAUAUUUUUGAUAGAUUUUUAAGAGAUCUGAGAAAAUGAUGGAGCAUUUGUAUAAAGACCACUUGGAAAACUUCUAGUGUGAUGUUUACUUCAAAUGUUGUGUUAACUGUUCAUCUUGAAGAUAAAAAAUUGUUUGAUAAAGAAUACAAAAUGCAACAUGGUUAAUAAAAUGUUUAAUUAAUAAAAUAAUUCUAGUCAGUAAAAUAAGUGUGAUUGUCUUGAGGAAAUAUUUAAAUAUUCUUCAAUUUUGAAGAAAUGUAUCACUAUUAUUUACAGGAGAAUGAUGGGAUAAUGAUAGGUCGGUUCUUUAGACAUAAAUUAAUUGUCAGUACCAAAUAUUCCAGAGAAAGCAACAAUCAGGUUUUGUGUAAAAUUUUUCAGUAAUAUUUUUCCGUAUAUUUGAAUCAGUGUUGAAUUCAGAGGAUGUCCACAAGAGGAAAACCCCCUUCAGAAAGAGAUAAUUUCAUUUUAGUUCCUUUGUAACAACUAAUAAUUUUUAAUUAUUAUUCAUUUUGAUAAAAUUGCUUUUCUUUUAAAGUCAAAGGCACAUAUAAGUCAAUAAGUUGGUUCAUUCAAUUUUAUAUUUGCAUUUCUUGAGAGAUACCAAUUAUAAUACAUUAUAAAUAAUAUCCCUCAAGAAUAUAUCUAUAAGUUUUUUCUAUAUCAAAUAAUCAAUAAAUUUAAGUAUAUAUUAUUUUAAUAAAUCUCAGUGGUUGGUUGUUUUUUUCAUCAGCAAUGUUUCUUCAUUAAAUUUUGUCACAGAACCCUUUUUAAAGGAGGAAAAAUAGGAAAUAUUAAAGUCUAAAUGAGAUUUGCUGUUAAAAGCAUUAGAUUGCUGUUGUUCAAUGCUUCAAUUUGAUUGUGAUAUUUUUUUAUUUACAUAAUAAUUUUGAAUUAAAUUUUAAUGUGUAUUUGAGUUAAAGGAAAAUUUCAAAAUAUUGUUUUUUAAUUUUUAAAAUUCUAUGUAUGGCACCUUACCCAAGAAUUUGAUAUCCCUCCAAAAAUAAAAAAACACAACACUGAUUUGAAUUACGUGUUUAGUGUUCUUUUAAUAGCUAUUUUAAAAGAAAGAUCAUCAUGAAGGUAAUAAGGAAAUAAUAUUUAAUUAUUUGAAUUAUAUCUAAGAAAUGUAUAUAAUAAUAUAGGUGAAAACAUGAAUCCAAGUAAAUCUUUCUAGUCAACAAACUUAAGUCAUUUAUGUAUUUUUUAUCAGCUUCUAAUUUGUUGAUCAACAACUUUUAAUACAAUUAUACUGACAACUUGGGGAUAAGAAGCCUCCACUUCAAGUACAGUAAUAUUAAUAAUAGAAUUAAAUGUACAAAUGAGAAGUGUGUAAUGCAAUUGCAUAUAUUUAAUAAUUUGUGAUUGCACGUAAUUAUAUUAUUUUCAAGUUGUGGUCACUUUCUUUAUGUAAGUAGUCAAUUUUGGAAAUCUUUUUCCUCUUUAAUCUUAGGUGUUUAAAUUAUGACAAUGCUAUUUUGAAAAUGGCAAGAGGAGUAAUAACAUAUCUACCUCCAUUUAAAAAAAAUGACUUUUGCUUGUCAAUCUGGAGAUUUCAUACUUAACCUGACAGCUUCUUUAGUUAGAUGUAAGUAUUUAAUUUCUCUAAUUUAUGUUAUUUAUUGCUAUAUUAUAUCAUAACAUAAUAGAUCAAUAAUUUGAAGCAGAUUCUUUUUAACAAUGCAAAUCAGAAUAAAUAAUCAGUAUAAUAUAAUACAUAUCCCAGGUAUUUAAUUAAAUAUCUCAGUUAUGCAUAUUCAUAAUUUUAUCCUGUGUCACAAAUGUUCAUAAUAAUAGAAAUACUUUAUACAAAAUUAAAUAUGUAGGUGCUCAAAUUUUGUUUUUGCAUAACCAUGAGCUGAAUGAUUUUUUAUGUAAAUUAAAAUUGCAAGUGGAACAAGUCUUUAAUAAUAUGCCAUUUUGUACUUAUUUAUCAAAAAUAUUUAUUUAAUAACUAAUAUCAUGCUAGUCCUGAAAUGUGAUGAUGACUUCGCUUUGCCAAAACUGCCAAACAGUGUUCAAUGGUUAGUCAUUUAAUUUUUGUAUUAGUUAUUUUAAAUAAUGGAACUUCAGUGAUUUCAAGUAAUUUAUUGAUUUAACAUGUGUGUAUUUACAUGUAUUUCAAAAUUGUUUAAAGAAUCUACCCAUUACUUUUGUUCCAUAAAGACAUGGUCAUUUUUAUUGGAAUACAUAUUUAUAAGUAACAAACUUUAAAGGUGUAUUUGUUUUUUGUAAUGUUUUAAAUACUCUUUGGAAAAUACAUCUUUUCCAGUUGGCAUAUAAAAAUAGUGUAGUAUUAGUACAGUUCCUAUGUUUUGAGUGUCGAGUUCAAUUGGUUUGAAAUUAAUUCAUUUUUGAAGGUCACAUUGAAUAUUUUUUCAAAUAUCAGAGGUUACAUUGAAUGAAUAUGAAUGUAUUGUUAUUCACUUAAACCAUUGUUUAAACACAUAAUGUCACUGAUUCACAAAUUCCUAGUGCUAUAUAGACGUUACAACCAGAGUCAUAACUACCACCACUUGUGUCCUGAGCCAAGGGAGUUUCUCAGUUGAAAGAAAUAUACCUUUUUUUAUUAGAGAAUUUAUUUUAAAAAAAUAUUAAUUUGCUAACAAAAUGAAGAUUAAAUUAAUACAAGAUGAAACAAGAAUAAAAAAUAACAUUGAUCCAUGAGAUAUUUAUGGAAAAAAAUGUUCAUUCCAUGAAAGUGAACUCUUAAGUAUUAGGAAAUUGGUCAACCAUUACUAGAAAACAUAGUUAGGUUGGAAGAUACAAUAAAGAGAGGUAGGAGGGUCUCUUUCUUCAGGCUCCUAUGUCCAAAGUUAUGACCCUGGUAUUACUUCUUCUUGUUAGUUUACUGCUGUUGAAAUUCAUUUCUGGAUGUAUCAAUGUGUAUUGUAGUAAAAUGUGUUUGUAUCAGUGCCAAAAAAAUAUAAGAAAGAUAUUAUUGCAAUAUCGCAGAUGCUUCAUGAAUAAAAUGCAAUAUUUUUACAUUGUACAUGAA